CUGAUCACAUCUAUGUCGAAUAUGAAGGCUACAUGAUAGCUGCAAACCCCUUCUGGCAGCCCAGGCGCCCAGCAACAUCAGUUAUGUACACAUUCACCAAUGACCAGAGGGGUCAUAUCUCGUGCAGCGAGAGAAUGGCACUGUGGCUGGCUGGACUCCCUGAGCCCGAGACAGGAGGUAUGUGUGAGGACUCGUCACAGGGACAUUGCCACCAGCCUCAGCAUGGAGUAGUCCAGAGGCAUGGCAGACAGAGGCAUGGCAGGCCUUGUGGACAUUCUCGGCCUCGUUCAGUUUCUGCUCCCCCUCCAUCCUCCAGCAGUAUGGCUCCCCUUUUUGGAGGCCAGGAACACCGCUCUGGUGAGACAUACCCCGGUGCAGCAGCAGCUGCAGCAGCUACUACUCCCACUUCUGGUAUGCAAAACCAGGAAGGGUCUGUAGAUGCACGAUGUGAUCACCCCAACCCGCUGGGUCAGCACCCUAUCGUCGUGGAGGAACUUCCAGGCCCUCUCCGAAUUCCAGAGCGAAAGUCUUCCCUUCAUUUCAGCUUCAGAAAUUCCCAGCACAACUCACAAGAUGUCGACUUCACCGCCGAGGAAGACCAGCUUGUCCAGGGAGUUGAGUCCAUCCAGCUUGGAACACCAGUGCAGAUCAGGGACUCUGCUCAGUCUGACC